UAGUGUGUGCAGCCACUCAUAUGGGCAUAUCCAACACACUGCUUUAAAGCAGAAAAGACAAGCUGAAAUCUAGCAUGGUGCUUCAAGUACAAAGAACAUAAGAUAUGCUAGUGCUGUGCAGCACAACCAGAGGAGAAAUAUCAGAGAAGGAGAGACCAGUUUUAUCUGAAAAUCAUACGUGCUCAAAUAAUCAAGAGGAUUGGUGACAAUGAGUCAAAAAACAACACUUCCACAUCUAGUGGAGAAGUGGACAAAAGAGCAUGUACAUUACUGGUUAACUGAAGUAGUGAAAGUGGAUAAAAAAUAUGCAGACAAGUUAUAUGAUGAAGAAGUAUCAGGGGAAGCACUAGUUUGCUACCAGCCCAGUGAUCUGCAUUACCUUGGCAUUAAGCAUGGUCCAGCUGUUAUGAUUAGCAACAGAUUAAAGGAGUUAAAACAGCCUUAUGGAUCAGACUCUGCAUCCCCUGAACAUUCCCAGACACAGCAAAAAGAGGAUGGGUUAGAUACAACUGAGGAAAUCCAAGACCUUUCAACAGAUCAAACACAAAUAUCUAAAUAUACAGCAAAAAAAUCGAAAACAAAAUCAAGCAAAAAAGGAAAAUCUAAGAAAAGCCAGAAAUUAAACGUUAAUAAAGAUUCAAUGGAUAUGAUCACAAGUACCGAUUGCCAGACAAAAGAAGUAUUAAAACUGGCCCCUUCCCAAGAAAAAAUGCUUGAAGAAACUUCCAGUCAUUCAACCUCCAAAGAAAGUGAACUAAGAGAGGCAGCUGGCCUUAAAACAGUGGUUAUCGAUGCAGACAAAACUGAUAAAGAAAAGAUCAAAAGAAAGCCUGGGCAACACUCAUGUAGUCUCUAUCCAUUUGAUCACAAUGCUGCCUCUCAUCGAUACAUUCAAAACUAUACUUUACCACCAGAAACAGGACCAGACAAUCUGAUUGAUCCAGUUCAUGAGUAUAAGUUCAUGGGCAGAACAGAUGAUAUUCAUACAAUAAAGAAGAAGUUCAAUAAAGAGGUGUUUCGGUUUGCUGCUGGGUGUAUGAACAGCCGCACAAAUGGAACCAUACACUUUGGUGUAGCAGACUCCAAAGAUUCUCAAUAUACUCAUGCUGAGAUUAUUGGGGUCAGUGUUGACGACAAGGACACCAUCAUUGAUCACUUUAAUCAGGGUAUUAAAUCAUACUUUGACGAACACACAGAUGAAGCAAAGCAAUGCAUCAGACAACCACGCUUUGUAGAAGUGCUCUGCCCUGACAGCACCCUAUCUGGCAAAUAUGUCAUAGAGGUGGAUGUUGUUCCUUCCUACAGCAUAGUUCAUGGUAAGCUGUUUCAAAUCCAAACUCUGGAUGAGGACAGUCAAUGGAAAAAGAGCAAAGGAAAAUCACUUUUCAUCAGAGAUGGAGCUUCAACCAGAGAUAUCUAUAAAAUUGGUAAUCCAAAAGUCUUGCAUGACGAGCUGACUCGAAUGAAUGUCCAAGUGAAUGUUCUGGACAACAGGAGGAAGGAAGUAGAAAAGAAAACUGAAAGCAAGGGCACAUCAAACCAGGGGGAAAAGCUGAAGAAUCUGUUGACAUAUGGAGGAAGCAGAUUGGGUCAUUAUGAUUACUACAUCAUUGUAACAAACAAAAGUCACCCUGAACAACUCCAGCAUCUUCAGUUCAUGAAAACACUGAAAUUGUUCUGUGUGUUGGACUUUGAUCCAGACUCUGUAAAAAAUGGGUCCUGCCACAAUUACACAUAUGAUAGAAUUGCAAAUCUUCACAGACCAAGCCAGCUCCAUGGAGACCCAGCAGCAAUUGUGAAAAAUCUAACUUUGUACAAACAAACAAGCUGGGUAUUUUGUAAUGGCAGAGAAGACCUUGACAAUCCAGAAGACAAACCACUCAGACCAAGUGAAUGGUUAAUAGACAAUGCACAACAAAUACAAGACAUGAUCUCAUUCAUCUGCAACCCAUACAUUCUUCCUAGAGGACAUUUUUUAGUCAUAUUCCUCCUGCUCUCCACUGUUGAAGCCAUGAAUGAUCCCAUUUUUGACACAUUUGUGUCAUUUUAUAAAAACCUUGGCGGUACAGAGAACAUCUUAAGUAUAUGCACUUCCAGUGCUUCCUUUCAAAACUGGAGGGAUUUCAUUCAAGCCAGAUGUGAACAUGACAUCAGUCAGCGGAGUAUAUAUGACCUGGAGCUCAGUGAAAUCAAUGGGACAAUACUGAAACUGGCACAGAACAAGCCACAUGCUGAGAGGCUUCUUCCAUCUGCUGAGGGAAGUUCAGUGGUUCUCCAACCGAGGGAUGAGGACCUUAUGUCUUCUCUUGAGGUCCUCUGUGAAAAUGAGUGUGAGAAUGUCUUUGAUGAGAAUAGUCAAGAAUUCCAAGAAUUUCAAAUUAAAACAGAAGCUGAAUUCUACAAAGGCGACAAAGUGAAAUGGUGGAAUUUCUAUUUCUCUGAAAAAAAUUCUGCAAAACUAUUCAUAAAACGGGACAAAUAUGAUCAACUCAAACGUAUAAUUGAAUCUAAAACCAAAAAUCCAACAAGCACAUGUGUCAUGGUGAAUCUUUUUCAUCAUCCUGGUUGCGGGGGCACCACAUUAGCCAUGCAUGUAAUGUGGAAUCUGAGAAAGGAUUUCCGUUGUGCAGUUCUGAAGGACAACACAGCUUCCAAACAUGACGUAGCACAACAAGUUGCCUACUUGGUAAGGUGUGGAAAGAAUGAGACUUCACGGACAACACCAGUACUUUUAUUAGUAGAUGACUCUGAAGAGACCGAAAACACAGAGGAACUUCAGCAUUGUACACGGAAAACUCUUGACGAAAUAUCUCCCAGUGCACUUGUUGUUGUUUUAAAUUGUUUACGUUCAAAAACCCCAAAAGUGAGAUUCUCAAACAGUGUCAUUGAGAGUCAGUACAUUAUAGCAACUUUGUCUAAAGAAGAAAUGGAUGCUUUCGAGAGUAAACUAAAGGAACUGCAAGAAACACAUGAAAAACCAGAGAAUUUCUACAGUUUCAUGAUCAUGAAGUCAAACUUCAGUAAAGAGUAUGUUGCAAAUGUUGCUCGUAAUAUUCUCAAAGAUCUUGACACUGAAAAAAAACAAGCACAACUUCUCUCAAUCCUGGCAUUAUUGAAUUACUAUGUGGCUGAUUCAGCCAUUUCCGUGUCACUGUGUGAAGACUUUCUGGGCAUUAAAAGGAAUUUAUGGGGGAAGCAAACAGUUUUGGAUGAAAUGGAACCUCAGUCAUGCUUGCUAAUUGAGUUUGAAGCUGAAGAAUGUGGAGUGUACAAAGCAAUCCGUUUUGUUCAUCAACGUAUUGCAACCGAGUGUGUCAAGGAGUUGGAAGAUACACACAAAGUCACAAGAUAUGACAUAGUCCAAAAUUUGCUGCAUUCCGACUUAUUUUUCAAAAGUGGAAUAGGAAAAGAUAACCUCCUACAGUCAGUAAAAAACAUGCUAAUCACUCGACAACGCAAGGCAGAAGGUGACGAGAAAGACACACUGUUUUCACUUUUAAUAGAGGACAUCAAUACACAGAAUGACGGACUGAAAAAAAUCCAGAACAUCUUUACAGAAGCAUCGAGACGAUUUGAUAAGGACUUUGUAAUUCCUCAAGCCUUAGCAAGACAUUUAUAUCUGAAUGAAAAAAACUUUGCUCUAGCAAAGGAUUGGGCACACGCAGCCAAAACCAUCAAAGAGAAUUCAUACACCCUUGAUACAGUUGGGCAGGUUUCUAGAAGUGAGCUAAAACAUAAAAUUGAUUGCAACAAGCAAGAGAACAAGAAACCCACCCCUGAUGACCUGAGAGAGUAUCUGGAUUUAGCUGAUGCAGCAAUAAAAGCUUUCCAGAGGGCUCAAAUCUUGGCAAAGACAGAUGAUAUUCCUGAUCUGGAAGAGACACUUCAUAGGAAACCCAACACCUACAACAUAUCUGGAUACAUGAGUGAGAUUGACAUUGCUAUGACAGUCUUUGACAUUGUGAGGGGACUGCCGCUGUUUAAGGAGGAGGAUUCCAUGAAAGAUCAUUAUAUUCAGCAGUUUUUCAAAGAUAAAAUAUCUAUAAAAAACAUUCCCAUAUUCCAGAAUGAUACCAACAAAAAAAUGGUUGAUAUUCUUAUGGAGCAUGAACCAUUCCUUGUUUCUUUGAAGACACAAGUAGACAAAGCCUUUGACUUCCUUGAAGUUUUCUUCACUUACACAAGAGAAAAGGGCAUUGUUGACAAAGAAAAGCAGUUUAAGAACAGGGGAAAACUCUCAGAUCACUUCAAAAAAUACAUCUCCCUGUUUUGUUCUUCAUCUGAGGAAAGAUUAAAUGAGAAAAAACUUAAACCAAAACUCAGCAUGAACAUGGAAAUUGAGGAAUGUCGAAUGUUCCUAGAGGAAAACAGAGCAAACAAUUUUCCAAGAAUUCUUCAGUUUCUGGAGUUCAGAAAAAACGUUAUAGAGCAAAUUGUUGAAAAACAUUCCUUCAUAUUCAAGAACUGUGUCACCAAAUCUCUCAAGGACAAAACAAACCAUCUGCUUGCCCACAUAAUUCUAAAGCUGAAUAAGCCUAAAUCAACAUUUGCAAAAAGCCAAAAAGAACUCACUGAUCUUUUGAAAGAACUUUUGCAAGAAGCUGGAACACAGCAUCCACAUCCAGAGCCGUACUACCUUGCACUAGUGAUGCUGUGGCCUGGAAAAAAUGGCAUUGACCCCCGAAUAGCUACAUAUGUGGACAUGCUAAAAAAAUCCUCCAGAAAGCAACUCUUACACAUUUUCAGAGUCAGAAACCCAAUUGCUCACUUCUAUCUGGGGAAGUCUAAUGGAUUAGAAAGACUGGUUUCUAAAGCCAACCUUGACAGCGACUUCAGUACAGUAAGAGACCGUAACGUUCUGUGGCAAAAUGCAGAUAUUUUUAAGGAACAAGCGAUUAAAGACAAGCUCCUCAGAGUUAAUGGCAUGAUGGAGCUUGGUGAGCUUUAUGCUGAGUAUGGAAAGCUGAGGAUCCCUGUGCGCCGCACAUACCUUGGAAGACUAAGAAAUGGUCACAGUACAGAGAGGGUGACUUUCUACAUUGGCUUUGCUAUUGAUGGUCCACUCGCCUAUGACAUUCAGAAUGCAGACAUGAGGGUCGAUACAUGAUCAGCUGUCCAUGAUUUACUGACAGAGAGGAUAAUCAUCCUAACCUGAGUGUGAAACAGAAGAAUUGCACAUAAUAUGAAUAUCUGUGAGGAUGACACUUUUGCUAAAUCUUUUAUAAUCCAAUUUCUUUGAAGUGAACCUAAAUCUAGAAGCCGAUUCUCAAAUGAUAUCAUCUAUAUUAUGCUAUAUCAGUUAGAUAAUUUUUUUACUAGGGCUGUCAGUCG